CAAACAACCUGUCUCAGACAUAAGUGCAGGUCAGACAUCCUGAAACUGAGGCGUCCAGGGCAAGAAGCUGACACGGCUACAAGAUGAAGAGCCUUUUACUUUUGAUGGUGAUGGUUGCAACAUGUUGUGCAACACCUGAAGAUCUGUCAGGCAAAGUGUUUGUCUUCCCCAAGGAGGGUACAACAGAUUAUGUGAAGCUCCUGACAUCUAAAACUGAAUUCACUUCUCUGACUACCUGUCUCAGAUUCCAAACAGAUAUCACCAGGAACUACGGGCUCUUCUCUAUGGCUACUCCCUCGCACAACAAUGCCUUCCUGAUCUUCAAGCUUAAUUCAGUUGACCACAUCAGGAUAGAAGUUGAGGACGCUAAAUCUGACUUCCUUUCGCUGUCAUUUCCUCCAAACACCUGGCACUCUAUGUGUGCCACCUGGCGCUCUGACAACGGAUUGGUUCAGCUGUGGGUGGACGGCAAGGCAACCAUCAAGAGAUUCAUCAAAACUGGGACCAUCACUGGAGCACCCAUCACCAUCCUGGGCCAAGAGCAGGACUCCUAUGGCAAAGGUUUCGAUGCAACUCAAUCUUUCAUUGGUAUGAUGACUGACGUCCACAUGUGGGACUAUGUCCUCUCCACCUCUGAGCUCAAACGCUAUAUGGAUCAUGUGCACAUCCCUCCAGGCAAUGUGUUCAACUGGAGAGCCCUGGAGUACACUAUCACAGGGCAGGUUUUGGUGGAGGAACAGUCGGAAGUUAUGUAACAGGAUGUUAAGCAGUGACUUAUGUUCCUUGGAGAUGAUUAGGAGAUAAUUAAAUGAUUAAAAUCUCUUCAGACGCUU